AUGGGAGAGUUACUUGAAAAUCCCAAGGUUUAUAGAAAGUUGAUGGGCAGAUUGAUGUAUUUGGCGAUCACAAGACCUGACAUAGCUUAUGCUUUAACCAAGCUAUGUCAAUAUUCAUCUAAACCACGUGAUGCUCAUCUGGCGGCUGUUCACAAGAUUCUAAGGUAUCUUAAAGGGACUAUUGGUCAAGGUGUUUUCUAUGAAGCUAAUGGACAGUUGACACUACGUGGUUAUGCAGAUGCUGAUUGGGGUUCUUGUAGGGACACUCGCAAAUCUAUAACAGGUUAUGCGAUGUUCAUUGGUGAUUCGUUAGUGCCUUGGAGGUCGAAGAAGCAACACACAAUAUCAAGAAGUACAGCAGAAGCAGAGUUUAAAGCGUUGGCUGAUGCUUCUUGUGAGAUUGAGUGGAUCUUUUGA